AUGCCAGCGACUACCGAACAAGCGGUGCCAGACAAGGCUGUCAAGAAGCGCAUCAUUCUAUGCUGCGAUGGCACAUGGUUCGACAGUGACGAUGGCUUCAACAAGGCGACUAUCAAGGGCCAAGCUACGCUGCAAGUGGCGUCCAACGUGACGCGCAUCUCGCGCUGCUUCAAGCGCCGCUGCAGCGACGGAACUCUGCAGAUUAUCAACUACGAGUCGGGCGUGGGCACCGGCAGCAACACAAUCGACACACUUACAGGAGGUGCUUUUGGUCUAGGUUUAACGCAGCGUGUCCGCGAAGCGUACGCCUUUCUUUGCGCCAACUACAUGGACGGCGACGAAAUCAUCCUUCUCGGAUGGUCACGCGGUGCUUUUACAGUGCGGUCCGUUGCCGGCAUAAUAGGCAAUCUGGGCUUGCUCACGCGUCAAGGCAUGGAGUCGUUUGUGCCCGUCUUCAAGGACAUGCAGCACUGGAAGGACGCCAGGUACCAAGACCCGUUCCCCCAAACGCCCUUUGCAGACAAGCCCAAAGGUGACGACGCCGCGGACGUGUACCGUCAGCGACUCGAGAAGAUGGGCCUCACGCGUGUGACCCAGGCCAACGGCGCGCUCAUCAAGGUCAAGGCUAUUGGUGUCUGGGACACCGUCGGCAGCCUGGGCAUUCCCAGGAUUGGAUGGCUAGACAAGCUGGGCUUCCGGUGGCACGACACGGACCUCUCCGACCGCAUCGAGCACGCCUUCCAGGCUUUAGCUCUAGACGAAAACCGUUCGCCAUACUCGCCGGCAGUAUGGGAGCGCCGGCCGGAGAACAAGCUGACGACGGAUCUGCGCCAGGUUUGGUUCCCCGGCACGCACGGGAACUGCGGCGGCGGCGUCGAAGAUGUCGGCAUGGCCAACAUCACACUGGCUUGGAUGAUGGAUCAAAUGGCGUCGGUGGGCGUCGAGUUCUACGCGCCGUCGGCGCUGCGCAUGAUCGACCUCCAGCGCAGCCAGUACGAGGCCAAGGCGGCCCAGGUCGCGGCCAGCACCCGGCGGGCGGCGGCGGCGCCGUGGGCCGUCGACGCCAUCUUCCGCGCCAACGCGCCCAUGCGGCCGUGGGCCCUGGGGGCGCUCCAAAAGUCGUCAAGCAUCGUCGACUGGAUUACGGGGCGGACGGGGCGGACGCCGGGCCAGUACCGGCAGGUGGACCCGCGCAGCGGCGACGACCGCGGCGGCCCGUUCCUGCUCGACACCAACGAGCGCGUGCACAGCUCGGCGCGCGUGCGGCUGGCGUGCCGCGGCCUCGGGCUCAACGACGACGGCGUGUGGACGGCGCCGACGCUCGCGCGCUGCUGGCAGCUGCGGCGCACGACGGCGCGGUUUGAGGAUCCUGUCCCGCGAGAUCCGCUCUGGGACCCGGUCCACCACGAGGCCGUGGCGGCCGAGGGUGGUGUUCGCGGUGAGGAUGGGGGGCCGGCCGGACGCAGGCCGAAUGAGGAGCACGGGGAGCGCUGGGUCUGGGAGUAUGUCGGGCCCGAGGAGGACGCGCCAACGGACAAGAGGCAGAGGGUGCUGGUGGAGGAGCCGCUGGGCCCGUAUGAGCGUUUUCUGCUGAAUCAGGUCGGUGGCACGCCGAAUAUAUACGUGUUUGCAGAGGAGAUGGGCAAUGGUUCGGUGGGCAACGUCGGGGGACGCGAGCAGGACUCGGAGACGGAGACGGAUAUGCCCUCGGCAAAGUAA